AUGGCCCCCAUCCCCAUAACAAUCCUAACCGGCUUCCUGGGUAGCGGCAAAACUACCCUCCUUCUAAAUCUCAUUCCUCAACUCCCUUCAACUUACCGACUCGCACUUCUCAAAAACGAAUUCGGCGAUGUAGCAAUCGACUCCCAACUCGCAUCUACCUCCUCAAUCAGCGGUGUCCGCGAACUCCUCAACGGCUGCAUCUGCUGCAACCUCGUCGGCCAGCUCAGCGACGCGCUCUUCCAGCUCCUCAACGAAGUGAAACCCGACCGCAUUGUGAUCGAGACAUCUGGGUCUGCGUUCCCGGCCACCCUAGCAAUGGAAGUCAAUCGGCUUGCGCGCGAACACCCAGGAACAUUCAGCUUGGAUGGAGUGAUUAGCGUGAUUGAUGUGGAGAAUUGGGAGGGAUAUGAGGAUACGAGUUAUACGGCGAAACUGCAGGCGCGGUAUACGGAUCUGAUUGUGUUUAAUAAGUGGGAGGCGGCGGGGGAGAUGAAGUUCGAGAUUUGUUUAGACCGGGUAGGUGAUUUGGAGGUUGAGACUCCGUGGGUGAAGAGCGAGAAGGGACGGGUGGAUAAGGAUGUGUUGUUGGGGAUCGAUGGGGCAUUGUUCGGGGAGGAGGGGGUGGAUGGGCAUGAGCAUGGGCAUGAGCAUAACCAUGGGGAAGGGCAUAAGCAUGAGCAUGGACAUCAGUCCGAGGUGGAGGUGCUGUCGGUUACAUUGAAGGCGAAGCAGGACGAGGCUGUUGUGGAUACCCAGGCAUUGGUGGAGAAGUUGUUGCGCGCCGCGAACAAGGAAGAGGUGUAUCGGAUCAAGGGCGUCAUGCGGUGCUCGACUGCUGCGCCGCCGGCCGCGUCGGAGGAAGAGGAUGCGCAGCAGGCGGGCCAAUCGGUGGCUGUGGAUGCGGAUGGCCCGGCAGCAAGACACUAUAUCCUGAACUGGGCGUUUGGGCGCUGGACAUUCACGCCGUCUGAUAUGGUGGCCGAGACGGCCGAUCCUGCGGUGGCGGCUAGAAUUACCUUCAUUCUGGCCCGGUAUGAGUCGGGCAAGUGGAAGAAGAGGCUGGAGGCCGGUGGAUUGGUUCAGGUUGCGGAGGAGAGUACUAGUGAGGGGGCGGAGUUGGUGGUUGAAAGACUAGUCUAG